UAGUGUCUAAAAACACAAACUCCAAAAACAGAAACUCCAAAAAAACAUGUUUUUUGCCAAAACAACUGCUGAAUCAACACUGACAUACUGUGAGGACCGAGAAAUCAAUGAUUUUAUGAGGAUGCACCCCACCGCCUGAUUUCUUGGAGGAUUGUAUUGUAAACAACAUGGCAGACACUGGCCCAAGUCCUGCAAAAAAGCAGAAGAAAAACGCUGCAAACACUGCCACUCAUGAUGCACCAAGUUCCAAACCUGCUUGUAAAUAUGGAUCAAACUGCUUUCGAAAGAACCCCCAGCAUCUUAAAGAUUUUGACCAUCCCAAAUCGUCAAAAACUGAUGAUAAAAAAACCUCAACUGCAACCCCCAGCACAAGCCAGACAGCCAGUGCAUCACUAUCUGCAAGUGCUGUAGCUACUGCAGCUUCCAAGUUGCCACCCUGCAAGUAUGGUGCUCAUUGCUACAGAAAGAAUCUCCUACAUUUUACACAGUUUUCACACCCGUCGGCCCAAGCGUCGGAGGACAAGGAGGACAGCGAUGCAACGGACAUGUAUGACUCUUCUGACGACGAAAGCAAUAAAGGGGCGGUGAAAGAUGUCCUGAAACGUGGCCUCUCCCUCGUGAAAAGCUUCUCCAAGUUGACGGAGGACCAAAAGAAGCAGUUGAUCGAACAAGCUUUUGCUGCCAAGAAACAACUUGAAGAUGAGCUGGAGAAGACAAAGAAGGAGAUUGAGAGGAAAGCAAAGCAGGUGGAGAGACUCCAGGAGCAGGUCAAUAAAGGAAUAGGCUUUGUUGACGGUGAAGAGGAUGCAUUGAAUGGAGAGAAUACUGUCUACUUCUCCCUCCAAGCCGAGCGUGACUACAAGGAAGGCUCACCAGAUCAGCUCCAUUUCCGUUUGGCUGAAUCACAGUUUUAUCGACUUAUGUCUGGAGACAGUGACAACUCAGGCUGUAGAGUUGAUAGAGUUGAGUAUGUUGUAAACCCAAAACUGGUAAAAAAAUUCAGGGAAGCUCGGGAAGAUCUCAAGAAACACAGGUCAGAGAAGAUGUCCUAUCCAGUGUUAGCAUUCCAUGGCACAGACGAGGACAACAUCAGACCCAUCUGCGAGACAGGUUUCAGGGUUCCAGGCGAACAGGGUUUCAGUCAUGCAACUGACACUGGUUGGUACGGCUUAGGUGUCUACUUCAGCGAAUACCCUGCUUAUGCUAUGGAUUACAUCCAAGGGAGUCAGAUGCUACUUUUAUGCCAGGUUCUUCCAGGAAAGGUUUUCACAUGUAAAAAUGUCAUCCACGGUGAGAACUUAAAGAAUGGGUAUGACUCGCAUACUUCUCCGGACAAGAAAGAACUCGUCAUUUUCAACUCUUAUCACAUCCUGCCCGUCUAUCUCGUCCAUUUCAGUGAUGAGGAGGAGGAAUUUGCAUACAAGGCUUUGAAAAAGUCGAAGGUGACACCCAAGAAACCACAUCCAAACAUCCCCACUGAUGAUGACAUACCUACGAAAUAUGCCAAGGCAUGGAAAGUACCUUCAACAAAGUUAUUUGAAAAUGAUAUCUUCAUGUUCUCUGGCACAAUGUUCGCUGUUCGUAAGGAGAUGUUCAAGCUGUUAAAGAAACAUAAAGGAGAGGAAGGAACGGGGUCAAAGUUCACACUACUCGUCUGCGGGGAAGACGAAUAUGAGAAACAAACCAAUAAAGUUACAACAGCCAUUGCUAAAGAUAUUCCGUGCAUCAGGGAAGAGUUUAUCUAUGAUUGUCUCUUAGCUAAGAAGAGGCUCAAGGUCACUGAUUAUGUUCAUGAGUGAAAUUGACAAAAGAGUUGAUCAACAUGCUAAACUCUUUUAGUGCCAUCAAUGUUUUUUGAAACAGUUGUGUGAAGAUGUUUCAAGGCACAACAAUUUGAAAGAAGCUCUUUGACGAGUAUUAUUUAGAGUGCCAUGGAUAGAAAGUGCAAUGAUUUUUCUGUAAUGUUUUAUUUCAUAUUAUGUUUAAUACUCAAAUGGCUGCUAAAAAUCAUAUUACAUCUACCACCAAAACAGAUGAUUUUAUCUAUAUAAAUAUUGUAGAGUUACAUGUAGAGUAGUUGUCUCAAGAGGACCAGAACAUUGCAGCCUUUCUACACCUUUAGAAGAGACAUGUCUGUACCAAUACUUUGUACUAAAAUAGAUAUGUUUUGUUCAUUUAUAAAUGUUAGAUUUAUUGUUAUUUAUAUCAUGCUAGAUGUUAUAUUGUACACUGUCUAGGUAUCAAUCCUAUAUACAUAAUACAUGUGCAUGUUCAUGUACUGAUCUGACAAAGAUGGCUUG